AUGAGAACGCGCUCGGAAGCAACUCCGGCCCGGGUGCUCUCUGGAGGGAGUUUUGACAAAUUCCAGUGUAAGGCCCUGACUAACUGGCCACGGAAUCGCGGCGGCCACGGACUAGGGGGAAGCCACCGUGUCCCGAGCAGCGGCCGACGCGCACACCACCGCCAGGCCCCCGCGGCGCCGAGGCCGAGGCCGCGGCCGCGGCCGCCCACGGAACCGGAGCCCACGGAACCGGAGCCCACGACGCGCAGCGACCCCGGCGCGCCUCCCAGCCCCUCCACAGGUGGAGCGGCGAUCGCGUUUCUCGCGAGAUUCCCGCGUCUCCGCCGACCUCCCGCGGAAACCUCGCGGCCCCUCGGCCGAAGCGGGGCUGCUGCGGGGUUCCCAGCCACCUUCCCGCUCCCGCAGAGCCUCCACACCCGCUCUGCCCACCCCGCCAAUCACAGGCCGCAGUCCCGGAGGCGGCCCAGAGACUUCCGGAAGCCGACCGGAACCGGAAGCCGCCGGGGUGGGAGGGGCGGGGCCUGA